AUCAAAAGGAGGUGACAUGCUAUGAAUCCGCAAAUGUGAAUGUUGAAGAAACUGAAAGUUGGGAGGUUGAUGGAAAUGACUACAUCUCGGAAGAAGAUGAGUACCACGAUGCAGAGAUGGAUGACAUUACAGAGCAUGUGUCCAUAGAAACAAAUAAAUCUGCUGACUGGGAAGGAUUCGAAUUUAUUGGAAGUGAAAAUGAGGCUGCAGGCAAGGAAUCCAAAGAUGAUAAUGUUGAAGAACCAAUAGACGGGGAGGGUGAUGAGAAUCAAUACAUCUUGGAAAAAGAUCAGGACCUAGAUCUAGAGAUGAAUGCCAUUACAGAGCAUGUUUCCAUGAUAACAACUAAAUCUUCUGACUGGAAGGUAGUUUAUUUAAGUAAUGAUGAACAGGAGGAUGCAGUCCAGGAAUCCACAAAUGAGAGUGUUAACAUGGCAAAAGACAGGGAAGGGCAUGAAAAUGAAAAUAACUCAGAAAAAGAUGAAGAUCAUUAUCCAGAGAAGGGUGAUAUGACAGAGCAUGUUUCAUCGGAAACAGCAAAAUCAGUUGAACAGGAAGGAGAUGAAUUUAGUCGAAAUGAAGUUGAGAUUGCAAGACAGGAAUCCAAAAAUGAGAAUGUUGAAAAAGGAGAUGACUGGGAAGGUUGUGAUAAAACAGAGCAUGUUUCCAUAGAAACAAUAAAAUCUGCUGAAUGGGAAGCAGUUGAAUUUAGUGGAAAUGAAAAGGAGGCUGCACGUAGGGAAUUCACAGAUGAGAACAUUGAGAAAACAAAAGAAAGUGACGAUGAUGAGAUUGAUUACAAGUCUGAAAUAGAAGAGUAUCAUUACUCAGAGAUACAUGACAACACAGAGCAUAUUUCCAUGGAAUCAACAAAAUCAACUGACUGGAAAGGAGUUGGCAUUAUUGGAAAUUAUAAUGGGGUUGCAGGUGAGGAACUCAUAAAUGAGAAUGUUAAAGAUGCAGGAGAUGAGGAAGGUGUUAAAAAUGACUACAACUCGGAAGAAGAUGAGGACCAUAAGACGGGGAUUUUUGACAUCACAGAGAAGGUUCUCAUGGAACCAACAAAAUCUGCUAUCCAGAAAAGAGUUAAAUUUAGUGAAAAUGAAAAGGAGGAUCCAUGCAAUGAGUCUUCUGAAGUCGUUUCCAUGGAAACAACAAAAUCUGCUGAACAGGAAAUAGUUGCAGGCAAGAAAUCCACAAAUGAGAAUGUUGAAGAAGCAGAGUCUGAUGAAUUCUUUUCCUCGGGAACAAUACAAUCUACUGACCAGGAAAUAGUUGAAGGCAAGGAAACAGCAAAUGUGAAUGUUGAAGAAUUAAAAAAU